UGCACCUUGCUCUCUACCAUAACUUGAUUCUAGAUAUAUCACUCUCAUCAUCCUAGGACCUUCUGUCGGAGAGCUAUUGACGAGCAAACUGAAUAAAACAAAUUUACUGCUGUCUUUUGAUGACGGAGGAUUGUUUCGACCUUUCUUUUCCUAAAUAAGGUUUAACUAAUGCCAUACUUUAAAAAAAAAAUAGUGUUUACUUAGAGUUAAAAGAACUGUGGACUUUGACCCGUGUCAGAACAGCAGCAGCAACAUUCACAGGAAACAAAACAGCUGCGAGGACAAUCUUCGUGGAGUUGUAAAUUGGUCUGUUGUCGCUGUCCAUGGUGCUGAUGUUCCAGGAAUGGUGGAGACGCUAAGUAUCGCCGUUAUUGGAGCUCCCGGAGUCGGGAAAACUUCCAUAAUCCGUCAAUUUAUUUAUAAUGACUUCUCAGAGGUUUACACUCCAACCAGAGACAGGUAUGUGUACAGACCCUCUGUAAUUUUGAACGGUAACAUGUACGACCUGAAGAUUUUGGAUGUCCCGCCAAUUUCGUCGUUCCCCUCCAGCUCGAGCCAGGAGUGGCUGGACCUGCGUUGCAGAGGGGUGCGUAAUGCCAAUGCUUACAUCCUGGUCUAUGACAUAUGCUGUGUGGAGAGCUUUGAGUAUGUCAAGAUGAUCCGCCAGCAGAUCGUGGAGCACAGGGAGGGCAGCAGCAAUGAGGUUCCCAUCCUGGUAGUGGGAAGUAAGAGGGACCUGCAGCGCCAGCGCUUCACCCCUCGCAGGGCUGUCUCUGUACUCGUCAAGAAGACCUGGAAGUGUGGCUAUGUGGAGUGCUCUGCCAAGUUCAACUGGCACGUGGUCCUGCUCUUCAAAGAGCUGCUGGGCAUCGCUGUGGCGCGCGGCAUGAAACAUAACCACACCCCUGGGAUCCGCCUACAAGGGGCACUGCAGAGGAACCGCUGCGCUGUCAUGUGACCCAUUGGAUUCCCCCCGUUGUAGGUUGAAGUUGCCCCUAGGCACUAAUUUGGGGUCAGUUUCACUUUUCCCCCAGUAAUGGCUAAGGCUAGGGUUGAGAAAGGGGAACAAGAUCCUAGAUCUAUACAUAGGGGAAACUUCACCCCGGAACAGUUCCUCCCCACCUGCAGUGUGUGCAAACCCACAGUUUCAUCCGCUGUCCAGUUGGCUGGUUUCAGAUGAUCCUGCACCUAUGCCAGAGCCAUAAGAGCCUCCCAGUCACACCUCAGGGUGAAUAAUAGGUAUAUGGAGAAGAUGACUUCAAUGUAAACGGCUGGAAAACACACUGAGGCCUCCUGCUUUACAGAGCUCAUUUUCUUAUGAGGUUUAUGUGACUCCUGCGCUGUAGCUACUAGGACUGACCUUUGGCCCAGUAUAAGAAGUACAUCUUUAUCACCUAUCGGAACACUCCAGUUCUGUCUCAAUGUUCCGUUUGAGAGAAAGGAAGAAGAGGAAGAGGAUGAAGAAGAGGGUUUGUUAAUGGAUUUAGAGAAGUGGAGCAGCUAUAUCACUUCCAUAGCUCUGGUCAAAGUUAGACACACAAUUAUCACCACACCACCAGGUGUGGUACCGAGCUCCCCAGAUCACAAGGCAACAGCUCCUCAUACUGAUGGUUAUCUGUUGGUUUGAGAGCUUGGGGACUGUGUGCAUCUAGUGGAAAUAGGUACCAUUACUAACAUGACUGGAUAUUUCCUCUCCAUAUUAGCUUAUACAUGUGAAGGAAUGCAACUUCUUUAAAAGUCUUCCUUUUUCAAACCGUGUGUGGUAAUGUCAUGUGAGGUAGACAAAUGCCCUGGCUGUCGUACUUGAAAUUGCAUUAUUCUAAUGGCGAUAGAUGUAGAGUAGGAAAGCCUAGGUUAGAAGGGUAGUGUGGUAGCUGGUAAACAUACGUGAGUCAACAAGAUAGAUGGCCUACUCUUGGUUUACCACAUGCACAUCCUACAUGCAGAAUAUUACGAAAUGCUCUGAGGCCAGGUUGAGUGGUACUGUAGCAGGACCAGAAACCCUUCUUAAGACAACAUAGUCCUCCAGAACACACCCACUAAGCAGUUAACCAUUUGAUGUCUUGCAGGUCACUUUUUUUCAAGAAUUAAACAAACAUUCACUAACAGUCAAACAUUCACUGUUCGAUACCAUUCCACUUAUUGUCACUAAUUGUGAUUGUUAUGAAAUCGUAGUACUGUCACUCUCAUUUAAAGUGUAUUGUUUAGAGGAGGAUAUGAGGUUUUCUUGCAGCAAAAAACACUGCAGUCGUUAAUCCGCUCCCUCCCUCCCUCUCCUCGUCCUCUAUCUGUGUGUUUCUGAUGAAUACAUUAUAUCCAUGGUGCUCUGGGGCCUGCAAGGCGCUCUGGUGCAACCUGAAGAGGCAGUGGUAUAGACAUGAAAUGUGAGGCGGGGAUAGUGGGCAGGGGGUGUGGUUUUGGCGAAUACGUGGGAUGAUUUUGAAAUGCUUGUCAUGUUAUGCACAGGUUGAUUGCCAGGCAAUGGAAGAAGAAAAGAGAGAGGUAGUGACUGUUGUGGGGAGCAAUAAGCUGCAGAGCACCUUGACCAGCCGGACAAGCUGUCUCCAACCACAGACAUCCUGCGCUAUACUAGAACACCUCACAUAGAAUGUAUAAAACCUCCCUCCUCUUGGAUAUACCCAGACCACACACAAGGUAGGAGACACCCAUAGCAUACUAUGUAUUGGCAUCCUACCACUCAAACACGCAUAAUACUUUCUGCAAAUUUCAAAGCAAUGUCUGAAUUGUGCAAUAUAUUUUUAAUGUUUGAGAACGUGGUAAAAAUGUGUCCUAUGAUUACAGACACCCUGUGACAAUGUUUGCACUGAAAAUGAGUACCUGUACUGUGUAUACGUACAUGCAUCAUUGAUUUGCAUGCUUUUGCUGCCAAGCUAGAAGGUCAGGGUUUAAUUGCACUGGUGUGAUUAUGUGUAGCUGUAAUUAUUUACCUGUGUGUACACUAUAUAUACAAAGUAUGUGGACAUCCCUUCAAAUUAGUGGAUUUGGCUAUUUCAGCCACACCCAUUGCUGACAGGUGUAUAAAAUCGAGCACACAGCCAUGCAAUCUCCAUAGACAAACAUUGGCAGUAGAAUUGCCUUACUGAAGACUUUCAACGUGGCACUGUCAUAGGAUGCCACCUUUCAAACAAGUCAGUUCGUCAAAUUUCUGCCCUGCUAGAGCUGCCCCAUAUGCAAUGCCAAGGAGUGUUGUAAAGCUCGUCACCAUUGAACUCAGGAGCAGUGGAAAUGUGUUCUCUGGAGUGAUGAAUCACCCUUCACCGUCUGGCAGUCCAACGGACAAAUCUGGCUUUGGCGGAUGCCAAGAGAACACUACCUGCCCGAAUGCAUAUAGCACUAGCUGUAAAGUUUUGUGGAGGAGGAAUAAUGGUCUCGGGCUAUUUUUCGUGGUUCGGGCUAGGCCCCUUAGUUCAAGUGAAGGGAAAUCUUAAUGCCACAGCAUACAAUGACAUUGUAGACAAUUCUGUGCUUCCAACUUUGUGGCCCUUUCCUGUUUCAGCAUGGCAAUGCACCCAUGCACAAAGUGACGUCCAUAAAGAUAUGGUUUAUCGAGAUCGGUGUAGAAGAACUUGACUGGCCUGCACAGAGCCCUGACCUCAACCCCAUCGAAUACCUUUGGGAUGAAAUGGAACAUCGACUGCAAGCCAGGCGUAAUCGCCCUACAUCAGUGCCCGACCUCAUUAAUGCUCUUGUGGCUGAAUGGAAGCAUGUCCCAACAGCAAUGUUCCAACAUGUAGUGGAAAGCCUUUCCCAGAAGAGUGGAGGCUUUUAUAGUAGCAAAUGGGGGACCAACUCUAUAUUAAUGUCCAUGAUUUUGAAUGAGAUUUUAAACGAGCAGUUGUCCACAUACUUUUGGUCAUGUAGUGAAUAUGGUUAUUAUCAGAGACAGUGAAAAUCAGCUGAGAGGUGUGUGUGUGUUACAUACCUCAGCAGCUGCAUGUAGGUUCAGUUUUUCUGAAAUGAUAUUUAAACGGUUUAGGCCUUUAUAUUAGGACUGGGCGCUGUGUUUAUUUGUAUUUCUUAAAGAACGUUUAUGUAGCAUCUGUAUGAGACUCUAUGGAGAUAGCAAUGGUCGUUUCUUGAGUUUGUAGCAUGAGUAUCCACCCUUUUAAAUUAGACUGUUUGUGUGAGUGUGUCGUAUACAACACAAAGGGCUACAUUUUUCUAACAGAAACAUCACUUGUAUUUAUUUUUUAAUAGUAGGUGUUAGAUGUUUUGUUUUUGACUAUGGUCAAAUAAAAUCUGUUGUGUA